UUAAUACAUAUGUAAUAUAUACAUAAGAUACAUAUAUCGUAAUAUAUAUGUAACAUGCUACCCAGAUCCCUCUUCCAGGAAUGAGACGCUAGUCCCCCCCAAGCUGUCUGGAAUGCUGACUGCUGGUGGCUUCUGGUUGAUUUCUUCAGAAUUUCACUCUGCCCAAGGCAACUGUCUCACCCAAGGUGAGGCCCCCCCACUCUCUGGUGGCAGCCUGAAUCCAGUGACUGGUCAGUGCUGAAAUACCAAGGUCCAACCUCCUUGCCUCAAUUCGGUAUAACUCUGAAGGACAGCCUGAGUUCCAUACCUCAUUUUAGGAUUAGCAGAGGCUGCUGUUGCAACUCUACUUUAACUUCUUUCUGUGCCCAGCCCUGCUUCUCAGUCUUUCACAUGUGUGGUUCCCAAGAGCCUUCCCCAGCAUACCUGCACAGUCUCCUCCGACUCUCUUUCCUGGGACACUCUCUUUUAACAUUAUUGUUAAGUAGGAAUGAUCAUGUAAAUUGCUUAGCCCAAAUUUCAGCACACAGUUGGCACUCAGGAAACGGUAGCUAUGAUUUACCUUCAUUACAUGGCACGUUGAGCCAUGUGAGCCGUGUAAGGAAAAUGUUUGGUUUUUGUAGAAGGUACAGAUAUAUUUUUUCAUAUGGUCGUUUCUCUUAGCAGUCUUCAUAAAGCUAAGAAUAGAAUAUAAAAAUUCUACCAAAUGAGCUAUAAAAAUAGUUAUGAUUGCCUGAAUUUAUUUCUAACAACUUCCUAACUAAGUUCAGAUCACCCAGGAUAGUUGCUUUUAAUAAAACAUGCUUAUUUUCAGGUUUUUCUUAGAAAGGAUAUGUGUCAGGAUAUGAAGAUGUAUUCUGUUCUUGCAUUGGUGACCUGUAGUUUACACUGUGUAAAUGCAAAAAAUAUAUAUUUUUUGAAUGUUUACAUUUUCACAAGUUAAUGAAUCUGGAUUUAAUGUUUGUACCCAGAGGUCUUGAGAGAAGAUUUCAGAUAACCUUAGUUUUUGUAUGAUUUUAUCUGCCUAUCAGGAUUCUUUUUCUCAUAACCAAAUGUGUAAAAUCUACUAAUGGAAACAUCUCUAUUAUAGGUUAUCUUUGCACUAUAGAUGGUAGUUUUUAGUGAGAAAAUAACUACAGAACUGAGAGAAUCACAUGGUCAACAGAUGAAAGGAAUAAAGUGGCCUACUGCUUCAGGGGAAGCCUGCUCUGCACAGUCUCCCUUUUAAACAUUGGUCUCAUGAAUGGAAACACCUUCGUAUUUGGGAAGCAAUACGAUGUUGUAAUGGUAAAGCUGUGUGCGGAUUUUUGAGGUGGCGGGGGGGUUUUAAUUUUUAGACAUGGUUGUCCAUGGAAUAAUUAGUUCGUAGUGGAGGGUGUUUGGGAGUACUUUAAUGAAGACUGGUUCUCCCCUGCUAUGCCAGAAAUAUUUUAGAUAAUUUUCUUGCAUGUGUUUUAGAUAUCACAUACUAAUAAAAGUAUCAUUUUUAGUGUAUCUGAAUACCUCUUUGAUGUAGUCCCCCAAGAUGUGAACUGAGAAAAAGAUUCAAAGAGGUGCUGACUUAGCAACUUCAGAGGUAAUGUAGGAGGUCAAAUGAAAAUAGCCUCUAAUCCCAGUCAGUUCUUUGCCAACAACUGAUUUUUUUUUUUUCCCUUUCAGGUGAGGAGGAAGUUCUAGACAAAUAGUGUUAUCUGCUAUCUUUGGUGACUGUAGCUACUACCUAUUGCUGCUUAUAUACUGAAAUAGUUCAGUAUACCCUACUUUUUUGACCUUUAUUGUUGUAAAUAGAAAAGCACCUGAGAAUUCCUUGUCUUGAAGGAUUCUUGUACCCUAAAGAAGCUCUUAUACAUGAACAUGCAUGCUAGGUGUGACCUUUACAAGUAUUACUGCUCAUCUGAGAUCAUUGUAUGAGUGUCCAUGAGAAGCACACAUAGCAUAGGGUCAGAAGCUUUAUGGUUACAUGAAUUGAGUUCCUUGAGCCAUGGAAGAUGUUUGUUUUUAACAAUUAGUAUUGUCCUUCUUUAGGGUUUUUUUCUUAGUAAUCUGAAUGGGCAUGACGCUCAGCUGCUAGCAUGAAGGAACCUAGAAAACUUAGAACUUGAUAUUCAUUGACAAUCAAAAUUUCCUGAAUUUUAUAUUUUUUUAAAGUUUUGUUUUUACUUUCUUUUAUUUUUUAUUUUUAUUUUUUGAGACAGAGUCUCACUCUGUCACUCAGGCUGGAGUGCAGUGACACAGUCUCAGCUCACUGCAACCUCUCCCUCCUGGGUUCAAGCAAUUCUCAUGCCUCAGCCUCCCGAGUAGCUGGGACUACAGGUGUGCAUCACCACACUCGGCUAAUUUUUGUAUUUUUAGAAGAGACAGGGUAUCUCCUGUUGGCCAGGCUGGUCUAGAACUCCUGGCCUCAAGCCAUCUGCCUGCCUUGGCCUCCAAAAGUGCUGGGAUUAUAGGCUUGAGCCACUGGACCUGGCCCUGAAUUAUUAAUAUAUAUUCUAGGCAAGAAUCUCUUCUCAUGGAGGCAGUAUUGACCAGUUAUAAACACAAAGUGAGUGAGUCAUUGAUAGCCAGAUUCAGAAUGAAGUGCAAGCUGAUAGGAUUCAGUCCUGGACAGUUCCCCACAAAGACUGAGGCUCCAGAGAGCUGGUUCGAUGCCCAGAACUGAAUGCUGUGCUCCAGCUGUGGCCUCACCGGUGCUGAAUAGAGAGGAAGAGCCACCUUCAUAGCUUACAUGAGCUGGAGUCAGAUGGCAGCACUAUGGAGGACUAUUCACAGGAGGACUGGGGAAACCACAGUCAGGAUCUCCAUGGCUAUCCAACAGAUCAGGAAUUGGAUGAAAUACCUGUCACAAAGAGAACAUUAAAAAUAAAACAAGAGUCUUCUGAAGAAGCACAGAAGAGAGACAUCAUGCAGAAUAUUGUACAGAUUUUGGAAUCGGUACAGUUGAAAUGGGAACUUUUUCAGAGCUGGACAGACUUUUCAAGGCUCCAUCUUUCUAAUAAACUGGCCAUUUUUGGAAUUGGUUAUAACACCCGUUGGAAAGAGGAUAUCCGUUACCAUUAUGCUGAGAUCAGCUCCCAGGUGCCCCUUGGCAAGCGACUUCGGGAGUACUUCAACUCUGAGAAGCCUGAAGGACGGAUCAUUAUGACCCGAGUGCAGAAAAUGAACUGGAAAAAUGUUUACUACAAAUUUUUAGAGAUCACUAUUAGCGAAGCUAGGUGCUUGGAGCUGCACAUGGAAAUUGACUGGAUACCCAUUGCCCACUCCAAACCAACUGGUGGGAAUGUUGUUCAAUAUUUAUUGCCUGGGGGUAUUCCUAAAAGCCCAGGCCUUUAUGCCAUUGGCUAUGAAGAAUGUAUUGAGAGGCCCCUCUCACCACACAUGGAGCAACGUUCCCUGGACCCAGGAAAAGAGGGCCGGGUUGACCUGGAAACCCUUUCAGCACAAGCCUCAUUACAGGUGGAAAUAGAACCCACCCGAAUUAUCUAUUGCUACCUCGGGAUUGCUGAGGUCAGGACUCUACAGCAGUGCUUAUUUUUACAUUUCCAAGCGAAUACCAAAACCUUCAGCAAAGAUUGGGUUGGUAUUAACGGGUUUUUGUCUCAGAACUGUAUUGUGGAUCCCGGAGUUUCCCCCAAAUCCAUCUACAUCAAAUUUGUAGAAGUAGAGAGGGAUUUUCUUUCCGCAGGCUCUUUAGUUGAGUGCCUGGAAAAAGCCAUUGGAUACCCCUUAAAAUUUAACAACUGAAUGUCAUCCUUCAUAAGGAUUUGGGCUCUUAGCUUCUUCUUCUCUACUCACUUCCCAUUACCCGGACCACCCCUCAUCCAGAUGCCGCCAUCAGACUUCAUGGAAACCCUUUCUUCAAUUGGGCCAGUACGACUUCUAAGGAAUCAUAGUAGACUUGGGCCAGAAAAAACAGACCUCACCUGAAAAUGCUCAUUUUGAGCACGCAAGAUAUGUAGCGAACUUGCAUGGUGGGUCAGCUAUUUCUUUUUUAAAAACAGAAAAACAAUUUUUAAAUGGAUUUUAGAGCCCUAAUAUAAACAAAUGUAGGUACAUUCCAUAUUGGACAAAACUUAUACUUUGAGUUUCAUAUGAAAUUGAAAAAUUGUAUUUUUUUCACAAUGUUUCAUUUUUACACAUCUCUAUGUCUCUAUAUAAGUAAUAUUUACAACCCUGAAUAAAUAAGCAAUAGAUAAUGGCAAGUUAAAUCUUGAUUCACAGUUAAAAAGACUGUUUUUCAAUAUCACCCUUAGCUACUAUUGUAUAUAAUUUAGAUUUUCAUUUUUUUCACCAACCAAGUGUUUUGCUAUUUCCAAUCAGUAUUGCUUGCAAAGACCUUUGUUUCUGUGAUGUACCAACUUUACAGUUGUGUUGCCAUUUAAACCUUUUUUAAAAAAAAAAAAAAAUUAAAGUAAUUCCUGGCCCCUUGGCGUACUAGUUGAGCUUUUUGUAGCAGAGUGUGGCUGCACUGGCAGUGGGGGCUGCGCUCUGACUUGACUGCUAAGAAUGAAGAGAACAUACAGAGCAGGGUAUCUUCACAUCCUUUCAUUCUCUAUACCUCACUGACCAAUGUCAUUAUUUACUGUCAGAGUACCAAAGGUCACUGAACAUCUCAUUUUGUAAUUCUUUGAAAAAUGACUAAAAAUGACUAGGAUAAUCCUUUUGACCCUAAGUACAUCAAUUUGUAAAAGACUCAUUCCUCAUCUUUUACACUCAGUACUCAGGGGCAGCUCUCAAGGAGUACAACUGGAAAACUGAUGUAAUCUUGCUAUCUCUCAAAAGGAAGGAAGAUCCAGUAGAAACUUUUUUUUUUUUUUUUUAAGACAGGGUCUUGCUCUGUCACCCAGGCUGGAGUGCAGGAGUACAAUCAUAGCUCACUGCAGUCUCGAACUCCUGGGCUCAAGUAAUCCUCCUGCCUCAAAGCUUCCUGAGCAGCUGAAACUACAGGCUCAAGUGCCACCACGCCAGCAAUGUUUUUCACUUUUUUUUUUUCUUUUUUUGGUAGAGACAGGGAUGGUGCUAUGUUUCCACCGAGCUGGUCUCAAACUCUCGUCCUCAAGCAAUCCUCCCACCUUGGCUUCCCAAAGUGCCGAGAUUACAGGUGUGAGCCACUGGGGCCAGCCCAAAAGUAUUUUUUUAGGAGAGGGAAUUGAGAAGUAUGAGUCCAUUAGGAAGGUAACUGUCAUGUUUAAAUCUUUCAGAGAUUUCUAAUGGGCCAACCACCACUCCACUUAACAGGUUCGUACUCUUGGCUCAGAAUCGCUUACUAAUAGAGUAGUCAAGGAUCACUUUGGUCUCAUGGCAGGAAUUUGUUAGAUUGGUUAUUUAUCUUUAUGAUUUCCCAGCAUCUCUCAGGUGCUCUACUUUAAGUGAGCCGCAAAUCCAGGUAAGAACUCUCGUUCUUCUCAUUUUUCUGUACUAUUGAAGAUAUAGUUACAUAUUAACAAAAAGUGUUCUUUUCCUGCAGCCUGAAUGUUCUCAAAUCAGUGAUUUUCUCAUUCUGAUGCCUGUUGGUUGAUUGAUGCUUAUUUAUUUUUGUAGUAACUAGAGAGCUUAUAAUCAGUGAGAUGGCUUUUAUUUCUGUUAUUUGAGUCUGGGGUUAUGGAGUUGGGUACUAGUUCAGGGAGUAUAUAAAUAAAAUGAGAAUGUUUUGAGUGUA